AGGGAGAGGAGUAUAGGCACGCGACAGCGUGCUCGAGCGGCCGAAAACGAGGCUCAUUUUCGAUGCAGAGCGCUAAGGUCAUCUAACCGACGCCACCGAGACAUUCAGAAACGGUGACUGAGAAAUAGGCGCUGUACAUACGCGCAUACUGAAGCACCCCCACCGCCUGUCUCUGGGCGGGAACGGAUACUCUCUUCGACAAGCACGUGAUUUCGAGGGAGUCGCUACGACUGGAUCUUCUCGGGGCUCGCCGACCGAGCCAUCUAUUCCCGCUUUGUUUCGUUUUGCUGCGGUAUUAUACGAGGGUGUUUUUGAACGGACUGCGUACGCUCGGGGACCUGCUUACGUUUAUGCAACGAGUGAAGACAGAGAACCUCGGUUUCAGGAGUGCUCUGCGUCCCGGCCGACAUGUGUGACCGAGAUAGCGGCGGACAGCCGCUGAGGAUCCUGGACGUGGAUGGGCGCGGUCUGGUGCUGGACGAGCAUGCACUGGCACGCGUACUGCUGGCCGACCACGUCAAGGACAAGCCCGUGGUCGUGAUAGCAAUAGCCGGAGUCUUCCGCAAGGGGAAGUCCUUCCUGCUAUGUUUCCUGCUCCGGUACCUGCGCAACCUGGGCCGGGCCGACUGGCUCGGUGAUCCGAACGCUCCACUGGAUGGCUUCGAGUGGCGCGGAGGCAGCGACCGCCACACUAAGGGCAUCGUGAUCUGGAGCGAGGCUUUCUUGGUGAAGACAUCUAGGGGCGAGGAGCUGGCAGUGCUGCUGAUGGAUACCCAAGGGACCUUCGACUGCGAAUCCUCGAACGAAAUACACCGCGACAUUUUUGCCCUGAGUGCUAUGAUAAGCUCCGUGCUCGUCUACAACGUCUCCCAGAACAUUCAGGAGAACUACCUGCAGCAUCUGCAAGAUUUCAUCGAAUACGGCGUGCUGUUGAAGUCUGCUCAGCGGCAGCAUCAAUCUGCUUCUGCUGUGCAGGGGGAAGGGAGCAUGCGACCCUUCCAGAGUUUGUGGUUUCUGGUUCGAGACUGGAUGUCGCCGAGCGAGAUAGAGUACGGCGCAAAGGGCGGCCGAAAGCUCCUGGACAAGCGGCUGACAAUCGCGCCAGGGCAAGACGAGGACCUGCGGCGGCUUCGCGAGAAGAUACGGAGCUGCUUCAAGACGAUCCGCUCCUUUCUCAUGCCUUUCCCAGGCGAAAAGGUGGCGAUAACGUCGUCGUCUGCUUGGGAAUUCGACGGCCGCCUGUCGGACAUCGGCGAUGCCUUCAAACGACACCUUGUGGAAUUCACGCGUUUGCUAUUAGAGCCAGGCAAUCUGCUGCCCAAGGAAAUCAACGGACGCAGAAUAACGUGCCAGGAGCUGAUAACGUACUUUAGGGUCUACGUGAGGGCAACCAAGAAAGACCGGCUACGCGAGCCGACAUCUAUGAUGGAGGUGACCGAGGUGGCAAGCAUCCGUGCAGCCAUGGAAAUUGCCUUAGAUUUCUACACGACCAGUAUGUUGAAAGUGUGGCAGGGUCCUGGCGACGUCACUCGCGAGAUCAUGCAGGGUCACCACUACCGGCUCCGCGAAGAGGCGUUCGAGCGGUAUAGAGUGACGCCCAAGAUGGGCGGGAAGGAGCUGGCACUGCUCUAUUCGCAGAAGCUAGAAGAGAAAAUCGACAUCGCUUUCGAAUUCUUCUGCGAGUACCUGAAAGAAAAGAGCACGGUCUUCGACAGCGUGGUCUUCAAGGUUGUGCACGGCGUCGUGACCGCCGGUCUGGCGGUUGGAGCCAUCGCUUUGGCCGUGGUGGAGCUGCCCAUUGUAGCCGCCGGCCUCGCGGCUGCGGGCGCUGCGUCCCUGACCGGACACAUUAUCCACACGAUAGUGGAUCUGACGCUUGCGAAGCGAAAGAGAAUGGCGAGGCAGAACAACGCAUCGAGGGCUGCAGGAACAGCCAACAGCAGCAAAACGUACGACGAUGACAGCGACGACGAGGACACACAAGAAGAGCUGGAGGAACACUUCCAGAAUUUCACCAAUGAGAAACGAGAAAAAUAGGCUGUACGUGCUUUCAUCCCUGCCACACUGCCCCACCGACCAGCACGUGCAGCUCACUUGCAUCAAGACAGAACUCGACCAGAGGCUCCUUUUGGAUUCGUGGACAAAUGUCUGAUACUCACGACUCAGUGGAGCCGAGACUAGAAUGCUCAACCAAGCGCAUUUUGGUAAAAUAUGAAUGGAUUUACCUGAUGCCUCUGAAUUGUACAAAAUAAGAGUACAAUAAAGAUUUUUGUAUUGUGUCGCUA